UCAACACUUUGUUUUUUUUUUGUUUACGUUUUUUUUUAAUCCACGGGUGGACAGUUGCGACAAUUAUCCUGGAGAGGUGGAUGGUUUCAGUGAAUUGGUGAUUUUGUGACAGUCUGACAAUCAGUGAACGAAGUGAUACCCCUUGUGAACUAUGAACUAUACGAUUUUUUUUGGAGGCGAGGUUUUUUUAUGAGUUUCUUUGAAUUCUGUUGGAUUGUCCGGUACUGAGGUACGAGGAAUUGAAAGAAGAUGAAUCAACAGUGCAAAGUCUGCGGAGAGCCAGCGGCAGGUUUCCAUUUUGGUGCGUUCACGUGCGAGGGCUGCAAGUCAUUCUUCGGGAGGUCCUACAACAACUUGAGCAGCAUUUCGGAGUGCAAGAAUGGUGGCGAGUGUGUAAUAAAUAAGAAGAAUCGCACUGCUUGCAAGGCCUGUAGAUUACGAAAAUGUCUGCUAGUUGGAAUGUCAAAGUCUGGCUCGAGGUAUGGGAGGCGAUCGAAUUGGUUCAAGAUCCACUGUCUUCUGCAAGAGCAGCAGCAACAGCAGCAGAAUCAGAUGACAGCGCAGAGACACCAGGCGAGCAGUGCGAUGAGCUCGCCGAUCGGGAUCCACUCGACACCGAGGAGUAAGGAGGACUCCAUCAUGCUGGGGAUGGAUGAUUACAAGAAUUCGACGUCUCCGUCGAUUAGUUCACCAGAGUCGCAUAACAGUGACAGCUCGGUGGAGGUGUCUGAGAGGCGAGCAGCUUAUGGUCUGCAUCCGGGCUUUAGGCCGCUGCAUCCACACCUGCCAGCGUCAGAUUUGUCAGCACUUGGGAAGGAGAUGAUGGGUCUUCCUUUGGGAUUUCAUCUCGGUGGAAUGUCAUUGAUCCCUCCAACGUUCUUACCACCACCGAGUCUAGCCAUGUUCUCGCCUUAUCAUCUGUAUGCACCAGCUCAUCCAAGCCUCAUUCCAAAUCACCCGUCAGCAGUCAGAUCACCCGUUGGCAGCAGCAACACCACGACUAUUGGUGCAACCAAUGAGGACUGUGGGAACAACAACAAUAAUCGGUAUACUCUUAACAACAACACGGCUAAGACGAAUGAUGAGUCGAAUAUUUCGGAGACGUGUAACAAGAGGUUCUACUUGGAUGCAGUGCUGAAGAGCCAGAGGACGUCGUCAAGCCACUCAUCGGCGUCUCAUAAAUCGAGAUCAGCUGAGCCAUCACCGCGGACAAGUCCAGACAGGGAAUCCCUACCCCAGGACAAUCCCAUCGAUCUCUCCAUGAAGGCGAACGCGAUGACCGCCAGCGAUGAAUCCGAUGAGGAUAUCGAUAUGGAGGACAGCGACCGUGACAGUCCACCUCUCAAGAGGCGACCGAUUGAUCUGACAACAAGGUCGUAAUAACACAUCCGAAGGACACA